CCAACCCGAUCAGCAGCUCAACUGGCACAACCAGCAUGAGCCAGUCUCGCAAAAGGAAAGUCAGCUCUGCUGUAUACAAGAAGUGUGGUGACCAGCAAGGCCAUGAUAAGAAUGCCAGGGAGGCUCAUAGUCAGACAGAGAAGAGACGCAGGGAUAAGAUGAACAGCUUCAUAGAUGAGUUGGCAUCAUUAGUGCCUACAUGCAACACUAAAACCUGCAAACUGGACAAACUAUCAGUCUUGCGUAUGGCGGUCCAACACAUGAAGACUUUACAAAGUUCUACUGCCAAAUUUUACACAGAAAUGAACCACAAACCUGCGUUCUUCUCCAAUGAGGAGCUAAAACACUUAAUACAAAGGGCAGCUGAUGGCUUUCUGUUUGUCGUUGACUGUGAUCGAGGGAAAAUACUGUUUGUUUCAGAAUCAGUGGACAAUAUCCUGAAUUAUAGCCAGAAUGACCUGAUUGGCCAGAGCCUGUUUGAUUACCUGCAUCCUAAAGACAUUGCGAAGGUCAAGGAGCAACUGUCCUCAGCUGAUACCGUACCAAGAGAGAGAUGCAUCAACGCAAAAAGCAGUCUUUCUGUGAAAACUGACAUCAACCCAUGUUCUUUGAGACUUUGUUCUGGGGUGAGACGCUCAUUUUUCUGCAGGAUGAAGUGCAACCGACCCCUAUUAAAUACAGAUGAUGAGGACUUUUCCUCCACCUGCGUGAAAACAAAUGCAGAGCGUAAGGGCUUCUGCACCAUUCACAGCACUGGCUACUUAAAAAGCUGGUCUCCUGCUGAGGUGGAUUUGGAUGAAAAUAACGAGCUUGACAGUGACGGAUGUAACUCCAGCUGUCUGGUGGCUGUUGGUCGGCUGCAUCCACACGCUGUUUUUCAGCCAAUGCAGAGUGAGGUCAAGGUCAAGCCGAUGGAGUUUGUUUCACGUCAUGCUAUUGACGGGAAGUUUGUCUUUGUAGAUCAAAGGGCCACUGCUAUUUUGGCUUAUCUCCCUCAAGAGCUGCUGGGAACUUCAUUUUAUGAAUACUUUCACGAAGAUGAUAUUGCUCAUUUAGCAAAAUGUCACUGGCAAGUGCUGCAGAUGAGAAAGAGGAUCAAUACGAACUGCUACAAGUUGAAAAUAAAAGACGGCUCAUUUAUCACACUUAGAAGCCACUGGUUCAGUUUCUUGAAUCCAUGGACGAAAGAGGUGGAAUACAUUGUCUCUACCAAUACUGUAGUCACUCCUGCAGGUUACGGAGCUGAGAACAGCUACCAUCAGCCUGCUUCCUCCCCACAGAAGAGCAUCACUGUACGAACGCCAGAUGCAGGAGAGCCUGACCUCCACACAGUGCCUGGAAUUGCUGAUGGUGUGAGGAAAAGCACUGGGAAGACUGGGCAAAUGAUUGCAGAAGAACUGUUGAGGAUCCAGAGGAUGGACAUCUCCACUGUGAUCUCAAACUGCCACAGAGUAUCUGAGGCCUCUGCAACUCUGGAAAAUCUGAUGGCAAAAGGGACGGAGAAGGAAAGAGACGAGCCAGGAAGAGACUAUUCAACAGCACCGGAUGUUAAAACAUCAGAGGAGGAUGUUUUUGGAGCGCUGGGGGCUGCAGAAGAGGCUCAGUCUACAGGACAGACUGAGGGAGGUCGAGAUCUACUAGGAGCUGAUGUUAUAGAUUAUGUAGCCUGUAUGUCUGCCGGCGUGUUAUCAUCAUAG